CGUAUACGUGUAUGACCCGUCUCUCUAAGGAGGCGAUAGAGAUUACAGAAACGGCGAGGAAGGAAGGAAGGAGAUAUGUGAAUCGUGUUCGUGUGUAAUGAAUUGUUCUCUCUCUUUCUCUCUCACACACUCUCACACACACAUAGAGCUUCCAUAUCUCCAAGAGCAGACAAAUUUCUCGAUCUUUUGAUCGUUUCUAUCGGUUUCUUCUGCAACUUGGAACCUCUAUCCAAAAUACCCACAUAUCAUUUUAACUUAAUUUGAAGGAAAACACUCCGCCGGCGAUUUCCUAUCUUCAUUAACCCCCUCAAUCGUUCUUCAAUAAACACUUUCUGGUUCAAAUGGUCUGUUUCCAUAAUGUUUCAGUCGAUGAGCAGAUUAACAACAUGUCAAAAUCAUCCAAUUCAUCUUACCCAUGUUCCAGAUUGAAACCAAGUAAUCAACUUCAAAGGAAACAAAGAUCAACCCAAUCGCCAGGUUGUCAUCAAUCUCGUUCAGCCAUAAUCGACAUCUUCAUCCUAAUUGCUGUUAUUUCUGCAUGUACCUUUCUUCUAUUUCCUUAUCUCAAGAUUCUAACCCGCACCCUGUUCCAAAUCAUUCCGAUUAUCGUUAUCUCGGUCAAACAUGAGAUUUCAGCAACUCCUUUGAUUUACGGAUAUCUAGGUCUGUGUGUUCUGUUUGUAACAGUAGCAGCUGUUUUAGCAAUCCCCGCAUGUUUGAACAAGAGAUGUCGAAGACCAGGAUGUAAGGGGAUGAGAAAGGCGGCUGAAUUCGAUAUCCAGCUUGAAACUGAAGACUGUUUGAAGAAUUCAAGUGGGUUUAGUUCUAAUGAAGGUGUGAAGAAAGGACUGUUUGAAUUGCCAAGAGAUUAUCAUAAAGAACUUGAAGCUGAGUUGAAGAAGAUGGCACCUCUUAAUGGGAGAGCUGUUCUUGUGUUUAGGGCAAGAUGUGGAUGUUCUGUUGGAAGGAUGGAGGUUCCUGGACCUAGGAAGAAUCGAAAGGUUAAAAAGUAGUUCAUAAACUUACUUUGGAAACUUCAAUAUAUAAUAAAUAAACCAACCCUUUGGGAAAACUUGAAUAAACAAUUAAACAGUAUACAUUUGCUUGAAUGAUUUUGAACUUUUGCUGUUAGUCUCUGCCAUGGUUGUUGAUCCAUCUUGUUGUACCAUGAUAUCUAUUUGUUUUUUGAUUUGAUAUGCUACCAUAAAGAAAACCCAAUCAGAAAACCAAUUGUUAGAUGCCAUUUAGUCUUUUCUGCAGAAGAUCAUGAGCUAUAUAUAUAUAUAUAUAUUGGUUGAUCUUGUAUCUUGUUUAAAUUCUGCUCUAAACAAAGGAACAUGAAAUCUUUGCAAACGCAGGUCCCUUGUGGGGUUGUAAGUAGCUUUAGAUUUUUUUUAUCAGUAUAAUACAAUUUUCUCAAUGGGGUUUUCUCUAAAGAACUAUAGUUAUCUUUUGGUUUAAAAAGAAAGCAUUUUAUAGUUUGUAAUAGAUCUAUUUAUUGAUACUUUGAUUGGGGUCCUUUUUUAAGUUGAUGUGGUGACUCUUAUCUUAGAUCUUUCAUGAUUAUAGAAAUGGUUGGGAGACAUCUUCUAGGUGA